AUGGGUCAACUGACGUUUCAAUAUCCUAGUGGAGACUGUGCCAAUGGUAUUGUACCCAAUAGUGCGAAUGGUUGUGUGGCGUCUCUCGCCUAUUCAAUUCGACAAAUGUAUCCAGCUAUAUGGAGCGAAAAUACUCGUGUUAGAAUAUGUGGUUAUUUAUGCGUUGGAAGUUUGAAAAAUUUAGAUGCAACUUAUAAAUGGAUUUGGGCUGCUACAUUUCAAUGUGUAUCAAAACCUAAUAUUGGCAGCGCUACUCUCUCCGGAGGAAGUAAAGGUCCAGAUGCUACUAUGGAAGCGGCCAUUACUAACUGGAUCGUCGCCUCGUCCUUAACCGGUAAUUUCAAGGCAGAAGAAUUCAAAUGUUAA